UCAAUCAAUGUUCCGGAUACUAACAUAAAACAAUUUAUUAUAUCGUUAAAACAAAUGAAUGAAGUCAAACGACUCAAAAAGUAGUUAAGUAUAUCCACAACGAAGCAUACAGAAAUUCGCAAAGCCAAAUCAUGGAUCGAGUAUAAAUAUAUUCAACGAAAAUCAAAAAAAUUUAAAUCAAAUCAGCAACAUAAAUUAUACAUAAAAAUCAUUUAACUGGUGCAGUGCAUAUCCUUUACAGGUUCUAUAUGACAAAUAUUCGCCAACUUUACCAAUCGCUAUAAUAGCCAACGUUCGAUAUUCUGGUUUAGCCAUCAUUACGCACAAAACAAUCUGAGCCAACGCUACAGCGAAACCGAAGAACAAUUUCGAUAACAUUAUUGUUUCCCCUGAGGCCUCGACUGGAGAUGUUUUGCGCUUGACAACUCUAUCAGAAUAUCGAAUUUGGCUAUUACACUUGACUAGCAUGAGCAAGACCUAUGUUUAUUUUCUCCGUAUUUUUAUUUUUAGCUUUGCCUCGCAUCAACUACCUGACCUCAAACCUGUCUGGUAAUCAAGGAGAUUCAAUAACACUAAGAUGUAAUGCAUCUGGAUAUCCAGCACCUCGUGUUACAUGGAUACACAAGGAUACAAACAGAACAAUUGCUAAUUCCAGUGCAACGUCAUUCAACAUCACUUGUAAAGCAUCAAGAGGAAAGUAUUGCUGUCACGUGUCAAACGAUUUUGGUGAAGAGACUAUUUGUACAUCCCUUGAAGUGACAGAAUAUCAACCAAUAAAUACAAAGCUGACAUUGGAUAUGAAUUUUGCAACAGCAAAUAAAACAUUUGAAGUAUUCUGUAAUGCAGACGCAUCUCCGCCAGCAAAUUACUCCAUCAAACAAGGAAAUAUAACAAUGUUAAAUUCGUCUGAUGGUAAUGUCACAAUUACUACACCAAAUAAUGUGACGUAUCUUACUAUCGGCUGUAUUGCGAAGAACAAAUAUGGACAAGGAAAAGAAAUAUACCUCAAAAUGCCGAUCUAUCGUAAGUUAAAUCCUAAAUAAAAAAGUUCA